AUGCCCACCGGUGCUGUUCAGAGGACCCAGGCUCCCACCGCGGCACCCCACAGCGCGCCCCAGCCUCCCGCCAGCACGGUGAGGCCCCCCAGAACCCCCGAGAUGAACCCGUUCUACAGAUCCACCAUGACCAUCUACCAGAGCAUCAUGGAGCAGUUCAACCCCGCGCUGGAGAACCUGGUCUACCUGGGGAACAACUACCUCCGCGCCUUCCAUGCUCUAUCCCAGGCCGCCGAGGUCUACUUCUCCGCCAUCCAGAAGAUCGGGGAGCAGGCCCUGCAGAGCACCAGCUCGCAGAUCCUGGGGGAGAUCCUGGUGCAGAUGUCAGACACCCAGAGGCACCUGAACUCUGACCUGGAAGAGGUGGUGCAAAAAUUCCACAGCGACCUGCUGCAGCACAUGGAGAAGAACAGCAAGCUGGACAUGCAGUACAUCAAGGACAGCCGCCAGCACUACGAGCUGGAGUACCGCCACCGUGUGGCCAGCCUGGAGAAGUGCAAGUCCGACCUGUGGCGCCUGGAGCGCAAGCGGGACAAGAACGUCCGUGAGAUGAAGGAGAACGUGAACCGGCUGAACGCGCAGAUGCAGGACUUCAUGUCCUCGAGCCAGCGGGCGGCCGAGCUGGAGGAGAAGCGGCGCUACCGCUUCCUGGCCGAGAAGCACCUGGUCCUCGCCAACUCCUACCUGCAGUACUUCGGCAGGGCCCAGGGGCUGCUGCAGAGCCGCGUGGUGCUGUGGAAGGAACAGACGGAGUCCAGCCGAGCGCCGUCGCGCGCCCACUCGCCGGGCCUGCUGGGCCCCCCCUACCCGUCGGGCCGCCUGACCCCCACCCGGCCGGACAUGCCGCCCCAGAGGUCUCUGGGAGAGUUCGGGUCCCCCGGCAGCCGGCUCGGCUCCGGCUCCUACGGCCCCGAGGCCCUGGACGCGCGGUCCGCGUCCCAGCUGGAGCCCGAUCGCCGGUCCCUGCCCCGGACGUCGUCUGCCUCCUCGCUGUACGGCGCCUUCGCGGAGCGCGCGGGCGGCGGGGGCGCGCGCAGGGUCCGCGCGCUCGUGUCGCACUCGCAGGGCGCCAACCACACGCUGCUGUGCUUCUCCGCCGGGGACGUGGUGGAGGUGCUGGUGCCCGAGGCCCGCAACGGCUGGCUGUACGGCCGGCUGGAAGGCUCCGCCGCGGCCGGGUGGUUUCCAGAGGCCUACGUGAAGCCCCUGGAGAUGCCCAUGGACCCCCUGAGCGCCUUCAGACCGGUGUCCCCCCUGAGCCCCCUGAGCCCCCUGAGCCCCAUGAAUGAGCUGCCCUCCAGGUCGUACCCGCUCCGGGGCAGCCACAGCCUUGAUGACCUCCUGGACAGGCCGGGCUACCCGCUGGCCGCCUCCCCCAGCCGGCCCCCGAGCCGCGCCCCCAGCCCCGCCCCGCCCCCGCCCCCUCUGCCCACCCCCCGCCGAGACAGCGUGAGCAGCACAACCACCAGCGACAGCAAGAAACUCGCGUCCUGGGAACAGCAGCCCCCCGAACUCUUCCCUCGGGGCACCAACCCCUUUGCCACGGUGAAGCUCCGCCCCACGACCACCAACGACCGUUCUGCACCCCUCAUCCGCUGA